UUUGUAUUAAACACUUCUUUGUUGACGAACCUAGGUAUUGUUUGCCUUGAGAGUCAAUAAGCGUUGCAAAUAAACGGCCAGAAGACGUACAAUGCACACUUAUAAGCUCGCUGUGUCUGACAUCGGUAACGACAAUUCCAUGUUCUGUUAUUUGCAGUGAAACGUCGACGUGUAUGGUCAGGCAUGUCUUGGAAGACCAGCUAAUUGGUUAAACGAACAUAUAACUCGAUUUAGGACGACUGGAUCUUUCUCAAGUAAGCAAGACAGUGAUAACCAAAUUUCGUACUUCUCACGACCGGAAUAUAACGGGCGUCACACGCAAGAUGGAAUCAAGCUAAACUCAGUCCAAUCCCACCACCAUAUUAUCACUGCUUCACCUGCAGUUUAACACGGACGUUUCAGUCCUUUUCACGAGAGAAGUUUUCGAAUUCAUGCGAUCAAGAGCCAUGAUGAUCCAAAAUACAUUCAAUAUCCUUUACGUGAUUCUGCUAAUUCCAGGAAUCGGAUUAUCUCAUGCAGUCUUAAAUGGCAGCGAAUACGAAUCUCUGUCGCAGGGAGAAGCGUCAAAUGCAAGUGUGCACAAAUUCUCCGCUGACAGUAGUGAAGAAGAUGACGACGAAGCGAGACUGGUGCGAGAUCUAUUCAGCGGUUACAACAAAAAUGUUCGUCCCGCACAGGAUAAAGAUUUGCCGAUUGAAGUCAAAUUUGGAAUUGCUUACACACAGAUUGUUGACUUGAUUGAAAAAGAUCAAGUUCUUGUGAGCAAUAUUUGGGUGAGAAUGAACUGGAACAAUCAUCUCCUGAAGUGGAAUGCGUCUGAGUAUGGCGGAAUAAAAACAAUUAACGUCAGCCCCAAAUUAGUCUGGCUUCCUGACAUUGUUCUUCACAACAAGGGUGGAGUUCAAUCUAGUAACACAAUUUUAUCUUACAUGACAGGAAUCGGAUUAUCUCAUGCAGUCUUAAAUGGCAGCGAAUACGAAUCUCUGUCGCAGGGAGAAGCGUCAAAUGCAAGUGUGCACAAAUUCUCCGCUGACAGUAGUGAAGAAGAUGACGACGAAGCGAGACUGGUGCGAGAUCUAUUCAGCGGUUACAACAAAAAUGUUCGUCCCGCACAGGAUAAAGAUUUGCCGAUUGAAGUCAAAUUUGGAAUUGCUUACACACAGAUUGUUGACUUGAUUGAAAAAGAUCAAGUUCUUGUGAGCAAUAUUUGGGUGAGAAUGAACUGGAACAAUCAUCUCCUGAAGUGGAAUGCGUCUGAGUAUGGCGGAAUAAAAACAAUUAACGUCAGCCCCAAAUUAGUCUGGCUUCCUGACAUUGUUCUUCACAACAAUGCGGAGGAGUUGCUUCCAAGUGGAACUCUAUAUCUGUUCAAAACCAAAGUCAUCUUGACUUCUGAUGGAGGAUGCACCUGGUUCGCGCCCACUAUCCUUCGAAGCGGUUGUAAUAUCGACAUUACGUACUUCCCGUUUGACGACCAAAUGUGUGAACUCAAGUUCGGUUCCUGGACUUACCACGGGCUGGAAGUAAACAUCGUGCAAAUGCGAGACUCGGCAGACCUUGGUUUCUACAUGAAGAGCUCAGAAUUUGAACUCAUCUCGGCAAAGGCUAAGAGAAACGUGGCAAAAUACAGUUUGACAGUGCAUGCCAGUCCUUCAAGCACGUUGCACAUGGCACCGGGAUCCUACUGGCUUGUAAUUAUGUGUUCUAUUACAUACAGCUGCUGCCCGGAGCCCUAUCCAGAUGUCACAUUCACCCUUCAUCUUCGUCGAAAACCGGGAUUUUUCCUCUACAAUAUCAUCAUUCCGUGCCUGGUUAUAACGUCCUUAGCUGUAUUGACAUUUGUUCUGCCACCGGAGAUCGGCGAACGAGUGACUCUGGUUAUCGAAUCCUUCUUAGCUCUGUCGUUCGUUAUUUUGAUGGUAUCUGACAGCGUUCCUGUUACUUCGGACAAUUCCCCUCUUCUCACUAAGUUCUUGCUCAUUUCCAUGUGCCAAAUUGGAGGUGCACUAGUCGCAAACUGUAUCUCACUGAAUCUUUACAAAAAGUACGAGAUGCCCCAGUGGGUCAGAGUGGUGUUUCUUCACUAUUUGGCCAGAAUUCUGUGUAUUAAUUCGGGUCAACCAAGGGAAAGAAUAGAAAGACAGCCCAUUCGAGUGCCUGGUCGAUCAGCAGAUCUGAUGGUUCUCGAGGCCAGAAAGCUCUCUGGGACAAAACCUCUUGGAUCCCCAGGCGGCAAUUCCUUGUCUUCACCAACACAUCAUGCAGUCAUGCAACGAGCCAAUCAGGACAGUACCUCGAAGAUUGCCGAUGGGCUCACAGAGCUAGCUCAUUGUGAAAUGGUCCACGACGAGCAUAUCGCAAAUCGUAGCUUUUGGAUUUUCGUUUCGCGCGUGGUAGAUCGCCUGUUCCUGUUGGCAUUUUCCAUAGCGUUUGUCUGUUCUUCGUGCGCAAUAUUUGCUCAAGUGCCUGAUCACUACAACUUACUCUUGUCCUCUGAAAUUAAUGUGCAUCUGAAUUCGAGGCUCCUUAAUACUCCUAAUUUUAUAAGAAAAGUCAAUAUCUAUUUUCAAGCUGAACUUACAGUAAGUGACUCAGGAUUGGGUGUCAGAUCUUCUUCAUUUCUCUUCUUUCUUUCUUAUCUCAGCUGCUGCCCUGAACCCUAUCCUGACAUCACCUUCUACAUCCGAAUGCGUCGCAUUCCUGGCUUUUUCCUCUUCAAUAUCAUCAUUCCUUGCCUGGUUGUCACUGCUUUCUCUGUUCUGACUUUUGCGUUUCCACCAGAAUUCGGUGAACGCGUGACUCUCGUCAUAGAAUCGUUCCUCGCCAUGUCUGUUGUCAUCCUAAAUGUCUCCGACAGCAUUCCAGUGACGUCAGAUGCAACACCUAUUAUUGUUAAGAUCUUGCUGGCUGCCAUGUUUCAGAUUGGUGCGGCCUUAGUCGCUAACUGCAUCUCGUUGAAUUGCUACAAGAAGACUGAGAUGCCACAGUGGGUCCGAGUCUUUUUUCUUCAUUAUCUGGCUAGGAUGCUGUGUAUAGACACUGGGCACCCUAAAGCCAAUGUGCGGUCAACAAGACGAAUAGAUGUCAAGGUGGAGGAGUUGGAAAGCAACUACAUCAAGCUGGUAGGAGCAAAACCUUUCAAGCCUGUCAAUUUGUCACCGAGUAAGCUUCCAGCGACAGUUGUGAAGCCCACCAACACUCUCACCAAGAUCAUGGAAGGAAUCAACGAGCUCGCGAAGGGAUCCCUUAAAAAGGAAGACAAUCAACUAGACAAAGAGUUUUGGAUCUUUGUAUCUCAAGUCGUUGACCGAAUGUUCUUAGUCAUUUUCUCGAUCGUUCUGGUUUCCUCAACAAGUGCCAUUCUCGCUCAGAUUCCCAAUCACUAUAAAUAAAUGAAGUAAUUGAAUACAACAGCUUUGCAAAGAUGUAAUAGAACUUUUGUAGCAGUUGGUCGCAUGGCCGAUAUUUUCUAAACUUUUAGCUUCAGCAAUAUGAACUUCAGAACUAAAAAGAGCAUGUCCUAAGAGGCUGUCUCUGUAAGAACCGACCACUG